AUGGUUGCUAUUGGAUAUCCUCCCAGUUCCGCGGCGUGGCACCAAUACAACUCGACUUUAGGAGAGAAGAAGAAGCGACGUGAAAGAUACCACAGGCAGCGCGACAACACUUUGAGUCCUUUCCGAUCAAUCAGUGAGACGAGGUCUACCGAUUUAGUGCGGCAGAGACAAUAUCCCAAUGCCUAUCACCUUCGACCACCGCAGUAUACCCCAUCGUUUGUUCAUGGGACAGACGCAACGCCAGCACAUGUAGAGACGCGACAUAGUACAGGACCCCUACGUCAGAUAAGCAGCGGGUUCUGGACGGUUGGUGGCAGGUCUUCCGUUCAAGUAGGUCAAUUGCCAGGUAUUCUCUCCGCCUCUGGUGAACUACUUGUUAGUGGAGCAACUGCUCCUCUUCAUACUGCCAAUUUCCUGAACGAACCAACGUUCGAGGACAAGAUCAUUGACCAUGAGCGGCGGCUUGCUCUUGCCCUUGAGAUUGACCAGGCCAAUCGAAUUCUUCCGCAGCCUUCAAUGGAAGGUGGAAAGAUCGACAAAUUUAUCCCGAACCACAAUCAAUACGUUUGGAGGGAUAGCAUGUGGACGAGGGCGUCGCCCGCACAUGAUUCAUCAAUAAAGAGUGAAAACGAAACCCGGCGUGAAAAGGCGGUACCAGCAGUUCCAUUCCGGGUGUUGGAUGCCCCAAAUCUAAAGGAUGACUACUAUUGUUCAAUUCUUGCAUACAGCCACACUUGCCACACGCUGGCCGUCGCUUUGACACAAAAGGUCUACCUGUGGACGGAGAAAUAUAGUGUUCGAUAUCCUCCACUAUCUCCUGCCCGUGCCACCAAUUUUGUGACAUCUCUGGCAUUUUCUUCUGAAGAAGGCGGCAAGGCUAUCCUUGCAGUGGCUAGGAAUAAUGGCACUGUCACACUUUGGAGCUUGCUGGAGCCACGCCCACGAUUCGAAGCUCCCCAUCACAGUCCGGCAUCUUGUGUGGCGUUCCGACCCACUAUCACCUGGCGAAGGUCGGCAACCUAUGAUGCCACAGUCAUUUGCGAAGACUUACUGGUGGGAGAUGAUGUUGGCAAGGUUUACUAUUACUCCCUUGAGUGGUCUGAUCAUUGGCAAGGGUCGAUGACGCUUCUUGCCAAAAUCGACGCGCACAGCCAAAAUGUUUGUGGUAUGGCAUGGUCGCCAGAUGGCAAUGCUUUUGUCUCUGGAGGUAAUGACAAUCGAGCACUUCUGUUUGACGCCGACUUAGUGCUGCAAGCUCAAGAUACUGAAGGGCCUCUCGCAAAUGUAUCUGCCAAUCCUCCGCAGAAUUCAGGUAUGAUGCCUCCAGCAACGCCUAUUGCAUCACCUGAUCGUGGCAUUCCUCCUGGAAAUGUAGAAUGGAUGGAACAACAGGCGCAGACAAACCGAAUGCAAGACACGCUCUGGGCAACUCCACCUCCGACACCCUUGAGGGGUCGAACUCCUACUCGGGCCCCACAUCUUGAGGGACAUGAACCUGGCUCCGACCGGAACAGGCCUUUGCUGCGCAAUGAGCUUGGAAAUCCAGCUAUUCCCGGCUUGUCAGAUGUUCAUAUUUAUUCUUUCUAUCAUGCGGCAGCCGUGAAAGCCAUUGCAUUUGCUCCUUGGCAGCCGACACUGCUGGCAACUGGGGGUGGAAGUAAUGAUCGUCAAAUUCACUUCUUCCAUGCUGGAUCCGGAGCAACUCUGGCUCUAAUUAACGUCUUUUCACAGGUUACCAGUUUGGUUUAG